AUGGGCCCAGCUGAUUCAGGAAAAUCUCCAACGUCACUUGAUUACAAAAUUCGUUAUGGAAGGUCUUCUGGGACAGAAACUUUUAAUACCAAUUUGAAAUAUCGUGUUAAUGGACCAAAUACUAAUGAUGAAUACAUAAAUAGUCAUUUUUUGGCCUGGCAAACAGCAUUGGAGAAAGCAUUCAUUGAGCAAAAUAUGUUACAGGAAGGAAAGAAAAUAGAUUAUGAGCUUUCUUUGCAAAGAUUUCCUUAUCCAGCUCAUCCUGAAAAAAGAAAUGCCUUUACUGUUGUUAAUCUGAUAUCUUGGGUUAUUGGAUAUGGCUUUUCGGUUUUCUUCAUUAACAUUGUUAAUACUGUCAUUGAGGAAAAGAAAAAUGGGAGUAAAGAGCUAUUGAAAAUGAUGGGCAUGACAGAUUUUGUAUAUUGGGCCAGCAAUUUUAUGAAUUUCUUUGGUCUUGGAGCCAUUGCAAUGUUAGUCAUUACAAUUAUUUACAAGUCGCCUCUGAAGAAUUCAUAUGUGCUUAUAGAGUAUACAGAUUUUACACUUUUACUAGUACUACUACUCUUAUAUACUGCCUCUUUAAUAUUGUUUAGCUUAGCACUCAGUACAUUCUUUAAUAAACGGGAUGGUGCUCAAUGGUACAACUUAACUGACUUUUCUGCAAUUCCUGAUAUUAAUAUGUUGAUGAUUAUAGCUACAAUGGCAUUGUCUUGUUUUAUUUAUAUUGUUGUUAUUUGGUACAUUGAUGCCGUUUGGCCUUGGCAGUAUGGAGUUCCUAAACCCUUUUACUUUCCAUUUCAAAAGAGUUACUGGUUUGGGAGUGAAGAAAAAACUGGAGAUCAUACGAAUUUAGUGAAUCAGAAUAGUGAAAAUAGCUCUGAGUUUUUUGAAGAUGAUCCGCCUGGCAGUACACCUGGUGUAAUUAUUCAUAAUUUAUCAAAGGUCUUCAAGACUGGUUUCAGAACAAAGGUUGCUGUAAAUAACGUUUCCCUCAACAUUUUUAAUGGUCAUAUAACUGCUUUGCUUGGUCAUAAUGGUGCUGGAAAAACAACUACUAUCAAUAUUCUAACUGGUUUAUAUACUCCUUCCAGUGGAACUGCUUCUAUAAAUGGUUGGGAUUUAUGUAUGCAUACUGUAAAUGCACGCAGGAAUCUUGGAGUCUGCCCUCAACAUAAUGUUCUCUAUGAAACUUUAACUGUUGAAGAACAUUUGAAAAUUUUUGCUGGGUUGAAAGGAGUUGCUUGGAAUAAAAUAUCUGAUGAAGUUUCAAAGAUGUUGGACUCUUUACAACUGACCGAGAAAAAGGAUGAAAUUGCAAAAAACCUUUCUGGUGGCAUGAAAAGAAAGCUUUGUUUGGCAAUGGCUAUUGUUGGAGGAUCAAAGGUUUUAUUUUUAGACGAACCAACUUCUGGUUUAGAUGUUGAGGCCAGGCGCAUUGUUUGGGAUGUUUUACUGGAUAUUAGACACGACAAGACUAUCAUUUUAACUACACAUUACAUGGAAGAAGCUGAUGUACUUGGAGACAGAAUUGCUAUAAUGGCCGAUGGAGAAAUACAGUGUUGUGGCUCUUCAAUGUUUCUGAAGCGAAGAUUUGGAACCGGAUAUCAUCUGCAUAUUGUAAAAGAGUCAAAUUUUGAUCUCAAUGGUGUCACAGAGUUACUAUUAAAAUACAUUCCUACUGCUUCUUUGACAAGUAAUUUAGAUAAAGAAGCAACAUUUAUUCUUUCUCCUAAUGCUGAAUCAUUUUUUGGUGAUAUGUUUGAAGAUCUGGAAAAAAAUAAAGAUAAUAUGGGCUUUGGCUCAUGUGGUGUAACUGUAACAACAAUGGAAGAUGUGUUUUUGAACGUUGCUAAUAUCUCAGACAUUAAAUCUAAAAUGAAAGGUUCUGAAGUUGUUGAAAAUUAUUCUACAAUGGACAAUGAAGAAGUAUAUGAUGCAUCAAGACAUGUACAUCAAUCUCCGAGUGUCUGGAAUCAGUUAAUUGGUCUUCUUGAAAAACGUUUACACUAUGCCAAACGUUAUUGGAGUGUGUUAAUUGCACAAGUUGUGCUUCCUUUUGUACUGAUAUGUUGGUGUUUGCAAAAUAUCUCUAUGCUUGCUGAUCAAUCUAAGGUGACCUAUCCACCUUUGAAGCUACAAUUUGGAGAUAUCUAUGGAAACACUAUGGGCUUUUAUAAAUCAAAUGAAAAGCUAUUGACUGAAAAAUUGGUGGAUGUUUUGAGGGAAAAUUCUGUGUCUGUAGAAAAUACUGGUGAUCCUAAUCAUUUGAUCUUAAAGUAUGGUGCUGAUCUUUCUGUAUACUUAAAACGUUUGCUAAUAGGUGCUUCUAUAGUGAAGGAAAGCAAUGAAAAGUUAUUAAUUACUAUGUGGUAUAAUGGAGAACCUUACCAUGUUUCCCCAAUGGCUGUUCUGUUGGCUGACAAUGCUCUUUUAAGAUAUGUUUCUGGUUCAGGUACCAUCUCUGUAACUAAUGAGCCAUUGCCGAAUGUUAUGGAAUAUUACGGAGAAAACUCUAUGAGAAUGGUAGAACGGAUGAUGGCUAUGGUUUUCAUCCCGAUGGCAUUUGCAUUUUUGUCUUCUAGUUUUGUCCUUGUGCCCAUCCAUGAACGAGUAUCAAAGGCAAAACUUUUGCAAUUAAUGACUGGCCUCCCAGCAACGCUGUAUUGGUUAUCAAUGCUUAUUUGGGAUGGAUUGACUCAUUUAAUAGUUAGCUUUUUGUUGAUUAUACCAUUUGCAAUGUAUAGCAGUUAUGCAUUUUUCUCUCCUCAUUCAAAUGCUAUUGAAUUUGAAGAUGGACAACAUUUUACGAGUAGACCAGAACCGAGUCUGAUCUAUGACUUGAUUUUUUUACCUCUCCCUUCUGGAGAGAUAAAGAAAUCAUCCUCUCCAGAAUGGCUCAAAUUAUAUCAUUACAGAAUGGACUCUCUUUUUCAAACUCCUGAUCAGAUGUGUGUAAGGUUUGUGGUCCAACAUGUGGCAAAAUUUAGAAAAGUGGAAGUUGGUCAGUUAACCAGAGAAACAUACUGUGAAGACUCUGAGGUACUUCUCGAAGAGGAGCGAGUCCGCAAUACUUGUACCAACACUGCUUUCAAGGAUCUUGCAAAUGAAGAUGCUGAAGAAGCCUUAUUAGUUUUUGAUUUAACCAAAGCUUAUAACAACUUUUAUGCUGUGGAUCAUUUGACAUUUGCAAUCAAUAAAGAGGAAUGCUUUGGUCUUUUAGGAGUAAAUGGAGCUGGUAAAACUACUACCUUUAAAAUGCUGACUGGUGAUUGUUUUCCAGAUGAAGGCAACGCUUUCUCUGAUGGAAUUUCGUUAAUAAACAAUUUGAAAAAGUUCCAGUCUCUUAUUGGCUAUUGCCCUCAGUUUGAUGCAAUCAUUGAUCGUUUAACUGGUCGAGAAACAAUAACUCUUUUUGCGAGAUUGAGAGGGAUGUGCGGAGUUGGAAUGGUUGAAGCUGUAAAUAAACUAAUCAAAAUGACAGAUCUUACUGAGCAUGCAGACAAACAGACAACCCUUUACAGUGGUGGUAACAAAAGAAAGCUCUCAAUCGCUCUUGCUUUGAUUGGUUCGCCUUCGUUAAUUCUUCUUGAUGAACCAACUUCUGGUGUGGAUCCUGUUUCUAGAAGAAAGAUUUGGAAUAUUCUUUCUCAAGCUCGUAAAUGUACUGGUGCAGCUAUUAUUUUAACUACACAUAGCAUGGAGGAAAGUGAAGCUCUUUGUGGAAGACUUGCUAUCAUGGUAAAUGGUCGCUUUAAAUGUUUAGGCUCUACUCAGCAGCUAAAAACUAAGUAUGGACAAGGAUAUAGUAUCAUGAUAAAAGUGAAGAAAGAUAUCAUUGAUGAUGCUGCAGCUGUAACUGAAAUCAAGAAUUUUGUGAAAGAUAAUUUAGAAGGAGCAGACUUAAAGGAUUACCAUCAGGGAAUGCUUCAAUAUCAUGUUGAUGAUCCAAAUGCUACCCUCAGUCAGCUGUUCAAAUUUAUGGAUACCAUGAAGUCAAGAUUUGAUUUAGAAGAUUACCUGAUAAGUGAUACAUCUUUGGAGCAAAUAUUUCUCACAUUUGCAAAAUCACAAAGGGAGAACCCCGAGUAG